AUGGCAAAAGGCAUAACACCAGAAUUAGCUCGAUUGGAAUUACAACUAUUCGCUAUGUCCAGAGCCAUAUUUGAUGGUGGAGUUCGUGGUUUCAUGGGUUUCACUCAAGAUGAAUACGGCGAUACUUAUGUCAUUAGUAUUUUCACGGAUGAACUCAUAAAUCCUCCAUAUCAAUUUUACAUUUCUGAUUCAUGUGAGAACGUUAUUAGAAAUAUCACUAAAUAUUUGAAUGUUGAAUAUGCUGAUAAUGGAUCUAAACCUUUCAGUGCAAAGCUUAAUAACUUUAACCUUGAUUGUGAUAAAAAUGGAAUUUUAUUCACUAAUUGCAAUAGCCAAUAUCAUUUAAAAAAGCGAGCUAAUAUUGUUGAGGUGGCGAUUUAUGAUGAUGGUAAUAAUUAUGCUGAGGCACCCAUUUCACCAAUCUAA